AAGGGGCCGGGGUCAGGGAGGGGGCGACGCGCUCCGCCCAGCCGGCCCGGGAACAGCCGCCAGCUUCCCACCCCGCCUCCCUCCGCUGGGAGAAGCGCAUCCAGCUGCGUGCCUGGGGAGGGGGGAGCACGCAGCGGGAGGAGCAGCCGCAGGCGGAGCGGCGCCGGGACCAGCCCCCCAGCCCUCCCCUGGUGCGGGAGAAGGGGGGCUCCCGCGGCCCUUGCAGCCGGCGCGCGGGCGUCGCUACCUUCCAGCCCCUGCAGCAGCACCGCGCGCGCGCGCUGGGGACCGGCACCGGAGGGUGCUGCAGGCGGCGCGGGAGCCGCUGCCCGGGCUCUGUGCAUGCAGCCGGUGCAGGGGGGAGCCGGCCGGUGCAUGCCCGCUGCAGGCAGGCGCCGAUAACCCGGGCCCAGCGCAGGGGCGGGAGCUGGCGGCCGGUGCAUGCGGCAGGCGAUGCCCGCCGGCCGGGGGCUGAGCGAGCCGGCGCUGGUCCCCGGCGCGGUGCCCCGGCCGAGCGCCCCGCCGGCCGCCCCGCGCCAUGAAGCGGCAGAACCUGCGCACGGUCUCGCUGAUCCUCUGCAUCUUCUCCUACCUGCUGGUGGGCGCCGCCGUCUUCGACGCGCUGGAGUCGGAGGUGGAGAGCGGCCGCCGGCGGCUGCUGGAGCAGAAGCGGGGCGAGCUCCGCAGGAAGUACCGCUUCUCGGCCGACGACUACCGCGAGCUGGAGCGGCUGGUGCUGCAGGCCGAGCCGCACCGCGCCGGCGGGCAGUGGAAGUUCGCCGGCUCCUUCUACUUCGCCAUCACGGUCAUCACCACCAUCGGUUAUGGACAUGCUGCCCCAGGCACAGAUGCUGGCAAAGUUUUCUGCAUGUUCUAUGCAAUCCUUGGCAUCCCCCUCACACUGGUUAUGUUCCAAAGUCUUGGGGAACGCAUGAACACCUUAGUCCGGUUACUGCUGAAGAAAAUAAAGAAGUGUCUGGGCAUGAAGAAGACUAACAUCUCUAUGGAAAACAUGGUCUUAGUAGGCUUCCUGUCUUGCAUGGGGACACUGUGUGUUGGAGCAGCUGCCUUCUCUUAUUUUGAGGGCUGGACCUUCUUCCAUGCUUACUAUUACUGUUUCAUAACGCUGACCACUAUUGGGUUUGGAGACUUUGUAGCUCUGCAGAAAAACGAAGCUUUGCAGAAGAAGCCACCAUAUGUGGCUUUCAGCUUCAUGUACAUCUUGGUCGGUUUGACUGUAAUUGGUGCUUUCCUAAACUUAGUUGUUCUUAGGUUUUUGACUAUGAACUCAGAAGAUGAGAGGCGGGAUGCAGAAGAGAGGGCAUCCCUGAGGAGAGUCAGGAACAACAUCCACUUGAAAGCUAAGGAAGACAGUAAGAACAGAGAUGCUAUUUUUCUACCCACAGAAGACAGGACAAGUCAAAUGAACCUCAUCCCACUGAUGCAGGAAGAUGCUGAUAAACCAAGAUGCCACUCUUCAAACUCCACUGCCAGAGUCCCUUCCUUCUGCACGUGUUUGUGCUACAGACCACGGCUGUGUGGGAGCCCUGCCCCCUCCCAUCCAGAGACCCUCAGCUGCCACACCAAUCCAGUUUACUAUAACUCCAUUUCUUACAAAAUCGAUGAGGUCUCCCUGAGCACGAGGGAUCCCACUGGUUUCUCCUCCCCUGGGAGCACUUUAUCGUCCAACAGCCCCAGCUGCAGGGAACACCACCGCCUGCGAAGGAAAUCCAUCUAAAAGUGCAUGCUCUUUGGGAAUUUUUACUCUGAACUGUAUUCUACUACUGAAGUCAUAUUUUGAUGAUAAAUUAUUAACUGAG